ACACUUUAUAUCGCCAUAAAAAAUCGCCUGGUCACACUGUACGGUCCAGAAUUUGUUGCCUUUUUAUUUAAUUCCCGCAUUUCUUCGCUGACCAGCGAUUUCAGCCGCUUUCUUUCGGCCCAAGUUGAGGUCAGAGGCCACGCCAGCAGACGCCGGAACGCGCCCCACCCCGCCCCACUUUUGCCGCUGUUGUUGUUUUUGUCGCCCUUAAAAACCAGCUGCUGUGUGUGUGUGAAAAGGGAGAGAAAGUAAACAAAGGAGACAGCCAGCCAGAGAAAGAUAGAGUAAGAGAACGAGCGAGCGAGAUGGAUGUGGAGGAGAACUACGAAAAUGCCGCUGAGAUGCAGAAUUUGAAUAUGAAUUUGAGUCUGAAUCCGAAUUCGUCUCCAAGUUCGGACAACCAGCAACAACAACAACAGCAGCAGCAUCAGCAACAACAGAUGCAAUGUGAACCGUUAUUCGGACUCACAACCAAUACAACAACAACCACAAAUCCCAUGAUGGCCAUACCGCUGCCCUUGCCCCCCGGAAUGAUGCCCCAUUCCACUCCGAAUAUCAGUACGAAUUCGAAUUUGAUUCCGAACUCGAACUCGAAUCCGAAUUCCAAUUCAAAUCUAAGUCCCAGUCCAUCCGCAUCCGCAAACGCAUCCGCAUCCGCCAUCAAGGGUCUGCCGACAAAUGACUUCGACAUAGAUUCCCUGCUGUUGCAACAGUUCAGCUGCAUGGGAACCACGGAUCACGAGGACCUCAUCAGCCAGUUCCAGAGCCUCAUGAACAACCAGAUGAACCGGGAGUCGGCCAGGUUUUACCUGGAGAUGAGCAACUGGAGCCUGCAGACGGCGGUGGGCUGCUACCUGGACUUCUGCAGCCUGCAGUCACUGCCCUCGAUGAAGAUCGUCCAGGGAAAGCACCUAAAUGCCCAGCAGCAGGCGUUCCAGCUGCAGAACGACGGCACCGAGCGCUGGCCGAACAACUGCUAUCUGACCUCGCCCAUCCAGACGCAGCGCAUCAACGUGCCCGCCCUGCGUCCUGGCGAAACUUGUGAUAUCCUGGCCGAUCUGAUGCCCACGCAACCGCCGAUUAUGUGGCGGCUGUGCACUCCGAAUGGCUGGUACUUUGGCGAUGCCAUUUGGAUGAUACCGCCGGGCACGCAGGCCAGCCAGGACGAACUGCAGCAGCGGAUGGUGCAGCUGAUCACGUCGGAGGCCAAACCGGAUGUCUAUCCGCAGAUCAACAUCGUGAUAACCGCGCACACCCAAUGAACGCGGCGUCCAGCAUUCAGCAUCCAGCACCCAGCAUUCGGCAUCCUCCUCCGUUUACGAGCGGGGUCUUUGGUCCCAAAACUCAUCGAUAGCAUUUCAUAAACCUGCGCGAAUGUAACAUUUACGAUAUGUCUAGACUUUCCCCCUUACCCUCUUUUUUCAAUAGGCUUAAUGUUGUUCUCAGUAGUGGAUUUGUACACAGACAGGAUCAAAAAACUUUUAUACACUUGACGCCGUGCAUAUUCCGGUGUAUGUAGUAGCCAACGCCAUUCACGUGUACAAUACAAUAUAUAUAAUUGAUAUAUACUUACACACUUACACACCCCCGUAACUAGAGUUUGCGUUCGAUUGUGAGCCCCUUCGCCGCUUCUCCCAUUUUCCCCCAAACCCCUUAUUUGGUGUCAGACGGAUCAGCUUUAUAUAUAUCGGAUAUAUCGGGAAAAGAGCGAAGGGCACGCGAUAGAGAAAGAAGUUUAAGUGAAAGUAAGAGCGAAAGUAAAAGUAAAAGUGAGAAUCAGAAUCAGAAUCGUGUGGCCACAUUAUGUUCUUCUGUUAGUUUUUAGGCGGUAAAGUUGUGUGUGCGUGCGAUUGUUUAAUGCAUAAUUAUAUAUUUUUUUCUAUAAUUUAAAGUCCUAUUUUCUGAGUAACCGUAGAGGAUGAUUAAGCAGAAAAACUGUAACAAAAUUAGAAUUAAGUGUUUUAUUGAGCAAAACAAGAAAGAAGCGGAACGAAUGAGAAA